CCAAUGACGACGCCGGCAAUCUUUUUUGCGGUUUGCGCGAAUGUACGAAGAGUCGACGAAGCCGGUUUUGUGACUCAGCUGAUUACGCACGCCCCGCCCCGCUAUUGGAAAUGCGUAAAUGUGACGUCAAUGUGACGUCAAUCUAAAUCAACCGCUCCUCUCAGUUUCACUCAGCUCGACUUCGAAGACGUCGCGUCGAGCUCCUCACGACAACAACAUGACGAACGAGUCGAAAAAACGACGCGGCAUACGUCGCCUCGCAUUUUGGCGUCGUCGGAAAGAAAGAAAAGACCAAAAGCAGCAAGAAGAGACUCAACCGCCUAAAGUGGUUGUCAUGACUCACAAGGACUCCGCCGCUCUAACGCUAGAAGAAGACGAAACGACGGCGGAGAAAUCGAAUUCCGGAAUUACUAAUCUCUCAUCGCUCUGCCCCAUUUGUUUCGAGCAAAAAAGUGGCGAGGAAAUGAGCGGGGCAGCAGAGUGUGUCGAGCAUCGAGCCUGUUAUGACUGUUUAUCCCGCUAUAUGUCGCAGGAGAUCAGCGAGGGACGCAUCAGCGUGUCGUGUCCGGAGUGUCCUGUAAAGUUUCAUCCGCAUGACAUCAGACGAGUACUCGAACGAAGUCACGACCGCCUGACGGUCGAGCAGCUGAUGGCGAAGUAUGAGGACUUCACGCUGCGACGCGUUCUCGUGCAGGAGACCGACCUGCGCUACUGUCCGGCACCGGAUUGUUCCUACGGUGUAAUUGCGUCUAAUUGUGCGGGUUGUCCGCGACUUGUGUGUCAACGUGACGGCUGUGGCACGUCGUUUUGUUACCAUUGCAAGCAGAGAUGGCAUCCGAAUAUGACGUGUGACGAGAGCCGGAGGUUGCACAGUCAGAAUGCCGCCAAUUCGCCGAGCGAGCUGAGCGAGUUGGUGACUCGCACGGAGGCGUUGUCGUCGCCAGAGGAGAUCAAGCCGUGUCCGCGUUGUAAAACGCUUGUAUCUAAAGUUCAGGAUGGAACCUGUAAUCAUAUGACGUGCUUUGUGUGUGGCGUUGAUUUCUGUUGGCUGUGCAUGAGGGAGAUCACGGAUCUUCACUACCUGAGCCCCUCAGGCUGCACAUUCUGGGGUAAGAAGCCAUGGAGUCGACGCAAACGAAUUAUGUGGCAAAUGGGAACACUACUGGCAGCACCAUUUGGGAUCGCUCUCCUGGCAGCAGUCGGAGCUCCAGCAUUGGUCGUUGGGAUACCAGCCUAUGUUGGGCACAGGAUCGGCGAGAUGUCAUUUCGCUCAAAACACAAACGUCGUCUAGCAAUGGCCGGCGCUGUCACUCUCUCCACCAUCGCUGCUCCCCUUGUCGCCACAGUAGCCGUCGGUGUUGUCGUCCCCGCCCUGUUUGUCUACGUCUAUGGUGUCAUUCCCGUCUCACUAUGCCGUGGGAAUGGCUGCAAGAGACCGGGCGGGAAAGUCAACGUCACCGGCCAAGAAACAGAGGAGGACACCUUUGGGCCGAUUCAGUCAUUCGGACCUUUCCCGACUGCCGCCCGCCGACUAUCUCUCAGCUCAAUGUUGAUGCCGAUGCCAUCAAUGAACUCGAGUACAGUAAAAGCGGCAGCUCAGGUUCACGUCGACGGGCAGCAGAUUCGUUCGUUGGCGUCCGCUCGCACGUUGGAUGCCGAGGUUUAGAUAAGACAGAAGACUAUGCCUUUGUACAGAUAGAUUGGCGUAGAUGAUGAUGGUGGCGGGUUGCGUGGCAGCCGUCCGCGCAUUGUACAGUACAGAGAGAGAGUACGUGUAGAAAGAUGAAGAGACUUACUUGCAGUGAAUAGUUUUGAGUGGUGUUGAGAUUUAAACUUCGCUAUUUUGCGUUUUUUCUGGA